CUACAAGACCACGAAGUGAGGCCAGAGCGGCAUCAACCGCGUCUUGUCUCGUCCAGGCCCUCUCACUUCGUUCUUCAUUCCAAAUAGUCCUCAGGCCGGGUCUAUGUGCUCGCGGAAAUUGCUGCUACCUAGGUACAUACGCAAACUCAGGAGGGCAGCAGCGCAGCUUCACGGCCGUGUACGACACCACUAUCUCGGACUUUCUCCUCCAAUCAGCCUCGCCGCAGAGCCUUGUCCCCGCUAUGGCACCCCCAGGCGCAGGCGCGUCAAAGAAGGGCCAGAAACAAGUAUUCAAGCUUGACUCCCCCUUCACUGAAACCACCAUGCCUCCUAUCGCCGAUAACGACAAGGACAUUAUUCUCGACAUGCUGUGCAACCUCCUCACCCCCAUCGGCCGCCACCGCACCGCCCACAUCCUUCCAUCCAAAGGUCGUUCUAAUCGCAACCUCAAGCGCAAACGCGCCGCCCAAGUCCCACCAUCCCCACCAUCCCAACAACCACCACCACCGCCUCCUCCCGCACCCACCCUCUCAGCCCACCUCACAAUCGGCCUAAACGCCACAACCCGGCACCUAGAAGCCCUCGCCGCCCAGCCCACCCCCUCUCCAACACCGCCAGCAACAUCACCAGAAGCCGGAAAGCCAGCUCCAACACGCGCACUCGCCCUGGUCCUGAUACCGCAUCCGAACCCCGCUCGCUCGCUCAUCCACGCGCACAUCCCGACGCUUGUGGCGCUUGCUUCAGUCCAAGGCGAUCAACUGGCUAAAGGGACCACAGAGCGGCAACCUACUCGCCUCGUGGCGCUACCGUCGUCGAGCGAAGCACGGCUCGCGAGCGCGCUGCACCUCCCGCGGCUCAGUGCGCUUGGGAUACUGGAGGGUGCGCCGGGGGCGGAUGCGCUGGUGGAAUUUGUGCGAGAGAAGGUGGGAUGCGUAGAGGUAGGGUGGCUAGGAGAGGCGGGGUUAGAAGGGAACGGGGAGAAUGGGGGGUGGAGAGGGAUAACAGGUAGAGUCGGGUAA